AUGCAGAAGGCCACCCAUGCGGUUGGCACCUGUUUGCCACCCACCCACACCCUCGCAUCCCUCUCGAUUAUAGCUCUUUAUUUUCAUCAUCGCCUGCCUGCCUGUCUGUCUGUCUGUCUGUCUGUCUAUCUAUCUAUCUCAGUCUGUUCAUAUCUAUAUGUGUAUCUAUUUUUGGUUUUUUCCUAUCUCUCUACUCACGGAAUUAAUAUCUUUCUCGAGUUCCCGUUUCUUUUCCAAUCCAGCAGGCAAAUCCAUGGCGUCUGCGUUUCUUCAGAUCCUUCUUUCCCCAUUUUCAUUACCCCCACCCCACUCAUGUUUCCACUCUCAAUGCUACCAAAUGUCUCCCUUGAGAAAGCGGCAAAUUUAACGACCGCCAUUUUGAAGUCUCUCUUUGCCUGCUGCCUAGGCAAUUCGGACAGAUAUUUGGCAACUGACAUAAACUUCUUCACAUCUAUCUAUUUAUACUAUCAUUCUCUCUCUGAUCUGUCUAUUCUUUCUUUUUUCUUUCAUAUUAUGUUCAUUAUCUAUCUAUCUGUCUAUCUAUCUAUCUCAUCUGUUCAUAUCUAUCUAUCUAUUUUUUCUCAGUCUGUUUAUAUCUAUCUAUCUAUCUAUCUAUCUAUCUAUCUAUCUAUCUAUUUUUUCUCAGUCUGUUUAUAUCUAUCUAUCUAUCUAUCUAUCUAUCUAUCUCUAUCUAUCUAUCUAUCGUGA